GAAAGACGUGGGGAGGCGCUUGUACUGGUACGGGCUUUUGCUUACAGUCUUCGCAGGAAUACGAAAGGCCAGUGAAAUGUAAUAAGAUAUAUCAAUAUUUAUGAACAUAAGAAAUAAAAAGCAAGAGAAAGAACUUAAUAAAAGCGACCAUCAAGUCAAGCCGCAAGCGACGUUUACAAGACCGAGAGAUUAAUCACAGAAAACGGGAAACCCAAACAAAAAAGACUCGAGUGACUCUGGCAGAUAAAAAAAAAGAGAAAAGAAAAGAAAAGAGAAAAACAACAUGGUGAGAAGCGCGAGGCUCUUCCGCCGGACGUAGAAACAAAAGCGAAGCGAGAGCGCCCCUCGAGAGAGAAGCCCCAUGGCCGCCAGCUGAGCGCGUGGCCGCCGGCUGAGAAAUCUUGGGCUUCGGGAAUUGGAAUCUCGGAAUGAGGAGGAAUUCCACGCUCGUUUCGCCGUCGCCGUUGCAGGCGCUGUACCUGCCAGAGGAGGUCAACUUCUGGACGAUGGCGAUCGUGGCGGUGGGCACGGGCUUCAUCCUCAUCGUCGCCGUCUCCAUCUACCUCAUCUGCCAGACGCGGCUGGAGCGGCCCCUCCCGGUGCGGCACCACAGGACGGUGCGGCACAUCAGCCAGGGCCCCGACGCUGUUCCCCUGGCGCGCCCCUUCGCUGGCGACCUGAAGGAGGGCGAGUUCCACGCCUCCUCGUUCGACCUGCGCCCCUCCUCGUAGCUCCCGGGCGCCCUCGCGCGGGCGCAUGGGCGGGGGCCGCGGUCGCAGGGGCGGGGGAGAGGAGCCUGGUGUUUUCUCCUUCGGUGUCCGUCGCCUUCUGUCAACAGGAGGUCGCUUUCCAGGGUCUAUGGAUCAAAGUCGUCCUCUGUAGCUUCCAUGGCUCGUAUCACUUUCCCUGAAAACACGGGGUCAUUUCCCUCUAAAAGGGUUCGGAGGAAACUCGCGAUGGCACGAAAUGUCAACAACAGGAGCGGCCCUUUGUCAGCGCAGGAAGUUGCUCGUUGCAUUGUGCGCGCUUUCAAUCCCAUUAGACUGGAGUCAGUGAAGGUAGAACUGGAAAUCCGCCUUGGCUGAGUAAAUUCAAGUCGUUUGAAGAGGAAUAAUGUAAUCAUAAUGUAUGAUGUAAAUGGAAGAAAAGUGUAUCAAACAUAA